CAUUAUCUUUUAUCUAUACAAUUUUGUUAAAGGAUACUUACUUUAUAAGGAUGUGUUCUAUCAUUCUCAAAGUAGCUACAAUUAUAUUGUUGAUUUCCGUCGUCGCCGCCGGGAAGAAGCGCUUAGUGUUACACAGCAAUGAUGACUUACUACAGGCUUAUCAGACGUUGCUGUGACAGAUGAAAACCAUGGAGACGAAAAUAUCAAUGAUGGAAUCUAAAGUGUCUCUGAUGCAAAAUAAUCAAGCACCAAAUGGAGGAAGUACAUAUGUUCGGUGGGGAAAACAAACAUGUCCUGGAAAUGGAACAUCUACGAUGUAUUCUGGUUAUGCUGCAGGAUCCUACUACACUCACAGUGGAGGCGCAGCAAAUUACCUCUGCCUACCCGGGGAUCCACAAUGGGCGUAUUAUGAAGAUUCUGUUGGCUCUGGCGGGAAAGUGUAUGGAGGAGAGUAUGAGCUUGGGGACAGCCAUGGUAACGGAGGAUCACAUUAUCUAGGCUCAAAUGUACGUGACGAAGAUGCACCAUGCGCCGUCUGCCAGUCACCUAGGUCAAGUGUCCUCAUGAUUCCGAGUCGGCUCAAUUGUUAUCCAGGAUGGACAAAAGAAUAUAGCGGGUAUCUUAUGUCUGGUCAUUACCAACACGCAUCUGCUACUGAAUUCGUUUGCGUGGAUUCACAUGUUGACGUAGUACCUGGUGGUCACCCGGAUCAAGAAGGCCGAUUAUUUUAUCUUGUCGAGGGCAUCUGUGGUUCACUGAAAUGUCCACCGUAUGUGAAUGGUCGAGAGCUAACAUGUGUUGUUUGUUCAAAAUAAUGACAUAAAACGAAAAAAUUCCAA